AUGGUGACUGGAGCGAGCAAAUCUGAGAAUGAGAAUGAUGGUAAGAGACUGGUUGGAGAUGGGGAUCCUCAUGGAGAUCGUCCUCCUGAUAGAGGGAAGCAGAGACAAAUAACAAACUUUUGGAGACCUGUGAGUAGUCCGCCGCUGCCUCAAUCGGAGUCUACGGAAGCCUCUCUUCCAACUCUGCCUAGACCAACUGAUCCAGUGCCUAAGAAAUCGUAUGCCAGGGCGGUCAUAAUCCCACAGGAAGAAUAUGAAGAAAGGCUGAACAAAUACUGUUUUGCUCUGAUUGGAAGAUUAAAUUUUCGAUUCAUAUCUCUGGAUGAAAUCAUAUCUGAAGUUGCAGGGAAUUGGAUCCUCAAAGAAAAAGUGAAGUUGAUUCCUAUGGGGAAGGAAUUCACCAUCUUUCAAUUCGAUUUGGAGAGGGACAUGGCCUCCAUUUGGAGACGCGGUUCUACUAAAUUGGGCGGGCAAUACGUUCGAUUUCAAAGGUGGUGUCCCGACUUCAACAUCCAUGAAAAACCUGUGAACAAAGCUCUUAUUUGGGUCAGAUUUCCAGAACUGCCUCUGGAAUAUUGGCAUGAGAAGGUGCUAUUGACCAUGGCAAAAGUAGUUGGAAGGCCAGUUGAGCUUGAUCAGCGUACCAAACAAGUUCUGUAUGGGAACUUCACUCGUGUUCUGGUUGAGAUAAACGUGCAAAGCGAGAGACUAGAGGAGAUACAAGUGGAAAGGAAACAUCCUGGCAUUGAUGCCCCUUUCUAG